AUGUCGCUCCGUCGCCGCGCGCUCGACCUCACCGUCCUCGUCCUCGCCGGCGCCGUCGUCGUCGACCGCGUGGGCGCGCCCGAGGUCGUGGAGCGCGUCGACGACGACGGCGCCGUCGAACGCGUCGUGGUCUGGAGAGACGCGCGGGCGCAGCGCAUUGGAAAAAUCUCUCCGGGAGACGUCGUGACCCUGCGACGGCCGCACGGGGCGGACCGAGGGACGGUGACGGUGCAAGUCGUCGAGGCGUCGUGGCGGCCGAGCGAACGGGGCGAAGGAGGGAUGGAUUUGGGGGGACGGUGCGCGUUGGGCGGCGCGUCCCGAUGGCGGGCGCGAGGCGACGACGGGCGCGCGGUCGGCGUGGUCCCGAUGGGCGCGGUGAGAGGAGUGCUGCGGUACGUUUUGUGGCCUCCGGGGGCGAUGGGAACGAUCGAGCGCGAGGGUGAGUGGGAGGAGGAGGUCUAG